ACUGCCUGAAAACAUUUCAAGUGGAGCAGCACAAGGAGGAAAUGCGGCAUCUGCGCAACCUGUUGCGGAAGGCGGUGAUAUUGAAGACGUCUUCGCGGGUUUCCUGUCUGAGAUCGCAGACGUUGAAGUCGAGGAAACACCUGUUGUAGCAGUGCCAGCGCCUCAGAAAAAAGUCGGCAUUGAUUGGAGUUCUUACAUCGGAAAAGUAAAUGGAGAAGACUCUGGUGAGGCUAAUGCUUCUGGCAGUGACGCUCCUGGAGUAGUGAAGCGAGACGCACAGUUGGCUACAGUGCUGGAGACGAUCAAGAAUGAUACUUGUGUUGGUGUGAAAAAUAAGCAGAAUAUCAACGUUUUGGGCUCAAACAAGGAUGUGAAACCCCUCGAUAUUGCUGUAGCAACUGAUGGAGUCGAAGUCUUGGUAGCCUCUGACUCCGAAGAAGGUGAUGCUGCUGGGGGAGGAACUUUGCAUAAAAGGAGCUCCAAGACGACGAAACAAAAAACAUCAAAAAGCACUGCUUCUUCUACCAAGAAAAAAACCUCCGAUGUGCCGAAGCUAGAGGUUGUUUUCGCCGCUCCGGCAGAUCCUUCAAAGCGUCUGAUUCGCGCUCGAGCUGAGCUGGAGAAAAAACGUAACACCCAUCACGAAAAGACCAAUGUUGUUAUGGUGAAUGGCGAGGAAGUGGAAAUUAUUGAUGCCGAUUCUGCGAGAACUACUGAUGGUGGUGAACACGGUGCUUUUGGCCUAUCUAAGGACGGGCUAGAAAAUAACGGUAAUCAAGGUCAUGAUGAAGAAAUUGUGAUCAACAGCGACCCAGUGUUUGAUUUUCGUGUCGGGAUAACCGGUAAAAGGAAGAAAAACAAGACUAACACGGAGCAACAAGCUGGUAUAUUGGACACGACAUGCGACCAACAUAGGUGGGAGUUCCGAGUGACCUAUGAGAACGAAAAUGACACCGAGAUGAAAUACUCUAGAACUACGCAGCAAGUCCAGCCUUUAGGCAAAGCGUUUUCGAUCGCUCGUAUCGGUGUUGUCGAGGCCCGUCGACGUGCCAUGCUAGAGCUUGAGUAUUGGACGCAGAAACUUCAGUUACUUCACACUUGUGGCCUGCCCUUAACUCGACACAACGUUGGACAAAUGCUGGCAACCCAAGCGACGAAUAUCUCCUACGCUCAAGCUAAGCUGCAACUAGUCCGUUCUUUGAAAUUCGCAACCGCAAAUCUGCUGGCGCAGGCUGCUGGAGGUCGCUCGUACUGCUUAUGGCCGUUGCCUGGGUUUGGCAGGGAAGCGAACGCGAGUAGUCAGUUGGGAAGCGGAGCAUCAGCUGUUAGUAAAGCAAGAGGACUAGCACCAAGCGGAAACAAGUAUGGAGACAAGUACGGAGGAGGGGGAGGUAAAUAUGGAGGUAAAAAAGGAGGCGGCAAAAACAAGGGUGGUGGCUUUGGUGGUGGUUUCGGAGGAGCCUCUCAAGGUGAUACAUGCGAAUUGCGAGUGCCACAGCACCCGUUUCAAUUGCAUUGGACUCUGACGGCAAGAUCGGGUGGGAACCCGUCUAAUGCAGCGUCGAACAACGCAGUCAUGGGUAAUCCAUUCGACAGCUCUAGUUCAUCGCAAGGUAUAGUCCAAGCAGCUGGUUGGCGCAAUCCUGUGGGUUUUGUCGUCAAUGCACCGUCAUCGCGCACAGUCAAGCAAAUGCGGGAAGGGAGUUUGAUGGGGGCGUCACCGCACUUGCAGCAGCAAUUACUCGCAAAAUAUGAGCGAGUAGGAGUUUAUUCUGCGGUGUACAGAACAGAGGGAAAGACUUCUCUCGAGGGACUCACGGUGCUGCCUGCGGGUUCGACGCUAUUGCUUUUGGCGUUCUUACGCCCACAGCAGAUGGUACUGAAAAGCCAAACGUCGUCAGGGACGGGUGUGAUGAACACAACUGGAGCUUCUUCUUCCGAGAUCAACAAUGCUCUUGCAACGUCUACCUCCUCGUCAGAUAACAACUCCGACGGCGCUGUCCGCGUAUUAAUCGAUCUUGAUCAGCGGAAGAUGCUCUACAUCCACUUACCUAUGGCAAACGGUGGUCGCAAUCAUUUUGUCAAUCUACCGCUGUCGCGACUCGAAAAAGUAAAUGCGCUGAGACGUGCACUGAGCCGCGUGUUUCUGCAGAAACGCAUUAGCGAUCAAACUGACGUGCUGCGGUCUCUUGGUACACUUUUUGACGACGACAAUAGCAAUAGUACCGACUUGGAUCUUCCAACCACAGCCACAGGAGCCACAGGCACAGGAGCGUCUGUUGCAGAUCCUUCGUCCGUCUCUGGUGCUUCUAGAGGUGACCUAAACGAGGAGGAAGAAGAGCAAUUUUUCAUGGGGCAAGUGUGGGUGGAAUUGACAGAAGAUGUCAGCGGCAGAAGUCAUGAUGAAGAGAAGGCAAGAAGCAGUACUAAAAACGAGAGCGCUACCUCUACUUCCAAGAAAAGCAGAGGGACUACCACAUCCAAUCAAAAUUCGAAUGCUAAAAGUGGCAGUAGUAGCAGCAAUAGUGGUGCUGGCCAAGGAGGAUCAUCUUUAAAAGCAGGGAACAAGAAGAUUGAUUCUGGCGGUCACGCUAGUGGCUCGUUUUUCAGUUUUUCUUCAUCGUCGUUUGUGUCUUGGUCGGAUGCAGUGCCUGCAUCAAGCGGUGAUGCUGCAGCUGAACCCGGGGAUAAAGACGGCGAACAACAGGCGGGUGAGAUAGAAGAACUCGGACAUAAACUACAGAAUUCUGUUGACAACAACAUAGAUGGCACUACAACUUGCAAGAAAUCUCUCACGAACCCUGUACUUGGGUCCGACGACGACGCAUCCUCUCCCGACGUGCUCUUUCCGCGUUUAAGCCUUUUGGAGCGCGUAGAGCAGAUUAUAGAGGAAAAGUCACGUUACAAACGCGAGUGCGAAGCCGCAGAUGUUAAAGUCCGAUCUCUAGCAAGAAAAUUCCAUGCUAGAGAAUCCGGACCCUUGGCACGCUUAGACGACCAAGUAGCUCUCCUAGCGGAACUGCAUCGCUCGACGAGAGCCAGAUUUGAGUUCUUUCGGACUAGGAAUCAAUCCUUUGGAGGGAAGAUGGAAGACCAAUCUUUAGCCAAGGACAUCACGGAAAUCCCCGCUAAGGCUCGGGAACUCGAACAACGUGGCGUCGACUACUACAACGAAGCAACCCAAUUGCGUGAUGAACUCUUUGCCCUGUCGGAAAGACACGUUUCGUCGUCGUCGGCUGCGGGGACAACAUCCACUUCUGGGACGGGGGCUAACGAAGUAGACUCGCAACUAGCUGGCGAUUGUAUGAACGCCGCCGCUUCUUCUGCAAUAUCAGCAACAAGCGGCAACGGAACAACAGGUGAAGUACCAACUUCAAACUUCCCAGGUCGCACACAGUUGCUGAAGAAAAUGCGUCUUUGUCGCAAGGAGAUAACGGAAGCACUGCGUUCGCGUGGUGCGAUUGCGAUAGAGAGGCUAGCAGCCUUGGUCCGCCAGUCGGAUGAAAUGGUGAAUGAGUACUGGGCUUUAACCAUGGGGGUUAUCGUUUAGCCACUUCAUCUAUGCGAUUGCGAGAUGUCGUUUGAUGAAAACACCUGAAGAUGAAAGCUUUUUGUUCCAUUUGACUGUCAAGAACCUGUCAUUUUCAUUUUCCCUCUCAAUGAAUUGCACCUCUCUGUGCUCUCUCUUGAUAAGAACCCGUGGAGAAUUUCUCCUAGAACCCAAAAAUGAUACCAUUCCAAGUUGUGUAGUCAGUUGUCAUCGCAUUUCCUUCGGUUUUAUGAAGGCUAGCUUGUAAAGCCGAGUGUGUC